AGGGGAGAGAGAGAGAGAGAGAGAGAGAGAGAGAGAGAAUAGCAGUUUUUUUUUUUUUUUUUUUUUUGCAGAGCUCAACACGAUUUCAGCCAGGAUUGGUGUGCGCGCGCUGCGCUCCAUCCCCGUGCCGCGCCCUUCAUCCUGCGCGUAAAACCUCCCACGUACCACCAUCAGCUCGUUUCAGAGCGUCGCCUCCUCUCACGGACACAGUGUCACAGACAUGGGAGAGGAGCGGCAGGGUUUGUGGCUCUGACACGGCCACAGCGUGUGUGAAGGAUCAGGAUGGCCGCAACCAGCCGGGAAAUGCUGCGCCUGAUCGGAGCCGCCUGCCUCUGGCUGCCGCUCUUAGCGGAGGUGGUGGCUGAGGACAGUUACUUAAACGAGGUGCAGAACUCAGUGCCUCUCUCCUGCUCUGAGGGAUUCACAGAGUUGGGUUACUACAAUGGCACCGUGUCCCAGACGGAAUCUGGCGCCUCCUGUCUGAAGUGGACGGAGUUUCCAGACUAUGUUAUGCAGUAUCCCGGCCGAGGCCUGGGCGACCACAGCUACUGCAGGAACCCAGACCGGGAGUCCAACCCCUGGUGCUUCUUCAGACAGAACUCCGGGGCCAUCGGCUGGGCCUACUGCGACUGCCACCAGGGUGCAGCUCGUUUGGUUGGCGGGUCGUCUCCUGGCAGCGGGCGUGUCGAAGUUUACCUGAAUGGCCAGUGGGGGGCGGUAUGCGAUGCACACUGGACAGACAGAGAUGCUAGUGUGAUCUGCAGGCAGUUGGGCCUCGGUGAGAUCGGCACAGCGCUGCAGCAAACGCAGUUUGGCUCUGGCAUCUUCCACUAUGAGCGACUGGGCUGCCAUGGCGAUGAGGACACCCUGAGUAAGUGCCGGAGCAGGACGUUCAUCACCGGUGACUGCAAACCCCGGACCACGAAGCCAGUCAUUUGCCUCCUCUCUCAGGCAGUGGCCCCUCCGCUGCGAUUGGUUGGAGGCGAGGAGGACUUUGAAGGCCGAGUGGAGGUGUUUCAUGGAGGAAGGUGGGGCUCCAUCUGCGAUGACCAAUGGGACAACAGAGAUGCUGAGGUGGUGUUGCGGGACAGAUUGGGCUUUAGUGGUGUGGCGAAGGCGUGGUCGUGGGCUCAUUUCGGACAGGGAUCAGGUCCGAUCCAGCUGGAUGCGGUGAAGUGCACAGGAAAUGAGCUGUCUCUGGAUCAGUGUCCCCAUGGCGACUGGGAACAGCACAACUGUGACCACAUGGAGGACGCCAGCGUCUCUUGCAGCCCGUACACAGACGGUGUGGUGCGGCUGGUUGGAGGCGACACUCCGUGGGAGGGUCGGGUUGAGGUCUUCCAUAACGGUGACUGGGGCACUGUUUGUGACGACCACUGGACACAGCAGCAUGCAGAGGUGGUCUGCAGACAGCUGGGCUACAGAGGUCAUGCUGAAGUGAUGGCAGAUGGGACAUUUGGUGAAGGCAUUGGUUUGAUCCUCCUGGAUGACGUCCACUGUGAAGGAUCUGAGACGUCCCUGCUGGACUGUAGCCAUGGGAUCUGGGGAAGGACCGACUGCUCCCACAGUGAGGACGUCGGAGUGCGCUGCAGGGGCAGAUCCAGCCUACAGACCAAUGACGUGCCCCUCAUCGCACCUGCCACUGGGCCUCUUGUGCGCCUUGUUGGUGGGAGCAGUCGGAAGGAGGGCAGGGUCGAGGUGUAUCUCCACGGAGACUGGGGGAGUAUUUGUGACUCUGGCUGGAAUGACCUCAACGCAGCUGUGGUGUGCAGACAGCUCGGACACAGCGGUGGAGCUGUGGCGGCCGGAGGGUUCGGACAGGGGAAAGGACCCGUCCACCUGGACCAGGUGAGGUGCACAGGGAAGGAGGAGUUCCUGGGAGAGUGUCCCUCUCAGGGCCUGAGAGGGACACACCAGGGCUGCAGACGCAGGGAUGAUGCAGGGGUGAGGUGUGACACCACGCCGCCAGAAUCAGGAGGUGGAUGGGUCGAAGUACAGGAGCUGAGCUGUGGAGUGAGGAAGGUGAUGGAGGGAGAGAAGAACCAGAACCAAGGAGAGGAAAACACGCAAAGGUCCAUGUGGCCCUGGCAAGUGUCAGUGUGGCUGCAAUCCAGAGAAGAUGGCGGUGGUCCUGUGUGCAGCGGCACUCUGAUCAGCCCCUGCUGGGCGCUGACAUCUGCACACUGCAUCACCAGGUUUGGCAGCGAUCCGUCCAGAUAUGUGGUUCGUGUUGGAGCAUCAGAGAAAACAGUCACACCAGACCAGAUUGUGAUUCACAGAAAGUUCAAAGGUCAGAGCGGUGGCCACGCCCUGGCUUUACUGAAACUGCCCAGCACCAAGAUGUACUGUCUGACCUUUGACCCGCACAUCAAUGCAGCAUGCCUUCCAACUCCAGACACAGCGACAGGGGGUAUAACCCCAUCAUCCUGUGUUGUCACGGUUACCACCAGCUGGAAAGGACCAGACUCAGUAAUCGCAUCGUGGGUCCCUUUGAUGUCAUCAUGGCAAUGUAAGAAGCGCUACGGUGACAGUUUCUCCAGCCAUGGCACACUGUGCGCUGGCAGCCCUCCAGAUACCAGCCUCCUCAAUCGAGACGGUUGUCAAGGCAACUCUGGAGGCGGGCUGGUGUGCCUUGGGGAGUCAGGCCGAUGGUUCCUUCACGGGGUUGUUGCCGGGGGCUACGGCUGUGCUGAUCCCUCCUCUCCUGCGCUCUACACACGUGUCAGCCGGUUCAUAAGUUGGAUUGAUGAGGUCAUCAACGCGCAUAAGGAGAAGCGGCGAGGGUCCACCACAGACGAGGAGCAAGUGCGCCUGGAGGAAGUGGACAUCCAAACUCAAAAGGAGCAUACGAUGACGCAAAAUGAUCUGACGCACAUGAAUGAGUUUACACACAUUGACAAUGACGUCACGCACACACACGUUGAGGGCAGGAAUAAAAACUUUCAUGUGCACGACAAGCCCAAACAUAAAGACGCACGUCAUCCACACAUGAAGGGCACAACACACUCUGACAUGCAAAUUCUGGUCUAAUUAAGGCGUGGCCAGCAGAUUAUUGUGUGUCAUGUGACUGGCUGAGGAGGAAGAAACAACGGGAAAAAAAGACUUUCCUAACUUCAGCUGAAACAACAGUGUCUCUGCUGAUUUCAAAUCUGAAAUCUGUGUUGUAAAUCAAAGUGUUUGCAGUGGCCAAUCAGGGGGUGGAGCGAAUAACGAGGGGAGGAGCAGAACACAGACAAUGUAUCGGUGUCCUGAAAGUUGAGCUCAUAUCAGCAUGCUGAUAAGGGGCUUUCAAUAACAGUGGAAAUAAUAAUAAUACAAAUUAAAAAAAAAAAUCAGCAUGGCAUGCAUUGUAAGGACAAACGCUGAAGAGUAUUUUAGGGAAAUUUCACAAUUUUAAAAAA